ACAUAUAAUGUAAAACACAUAACGAUUUAUAGGGACACUCAAUUUAUAAAUUAUUAACACUUCUUCCCCCAAACUCUGCUUUGCUUGCUUUCACCAUAAGAUUACUACCGCACGAACAUUGUUUACUUAUAUUUUUCCGAAAAUCACAAAUUUUACUUUUUGAUAUUGAGAGUGGAUGGGGUGUUGGCAGAAAGGUUAGGGGGGAUGAAAUUAACUCCAAAUUUUAACCGGACCCUCUAUUAUACACCAAACUGUGUAUUGCAUUAGCUGUGGCAACUUGUGUGUGCAUUAAACUCAAUUGUGGCGUACUCUUUAUCUGUAGCAAUACACAUCUGGAAGCCACAACAAGAGUAGAAUAAACAGCAUAUAAGAUUGUUUGAUGUGUGCCGCUUUAAAUAUACCGUGCUACCGGCUUUUACAUAAGUUGAACGAAAUUGGAGUGGGGUACUUCAGACUAUUUCAUUAUUUUGAUGACUAAAUCAUUUGUAGUUGUAUCCAGAACGUGUCAAGUCGUUAUAUUUACGUUUUCACAGGCAGUUGUACCAUUUUUAGCGUAAGUUCGCGUUUUUUAAUAGUUUUUAUUAUAAUAAUAAUAUGGGAUGUUUAGGAAAUGGAAACCAGAAGUAGAAAAAUUUUAAACAUGUUAAAUUUGCCGCGGUAUGAAACCACAAAAUGCCUUGAUAAGGAAUAUAGGGAGCUGGCAAUUAAUAAUUUCCAAGAUGCAUCAAUAUCUUCUACUACUGAUAAACCCCCGGCAAUUAGUAGUCCAGAAAUUCUACCCAUACCGUCAAUACAAUUUGAUUUAGACCGAUUCGAGAAAUUACAAAAUGUUAGAACCUUAAAUUUUGAAGACGAAGAAGAAUUAAUAUCAGAACCCGAACCUUUUGGUUCUGGGGACUCCGAAUCUGAGUACUUACCUAGUGGUGAAUCCCGCAGUAGUUCUAUAGUACCGGACACUCCUGAAAAUACGCCAUUAAGUGAUACUGAAUGUGCACAACCUUCACAAAGUCUACCCGUUAAUCUGUCUGAAAAUUAUUCUUCAAUGGAAUCUGACGAGGAAACCGAUAAUUUUUCCUCAGGUGUAACUAGUUCCACCAAUAAAAUUAAGACAAAAGAACUUGUUAAAAUAAACUGUCCCAAAAAAACAUCUAGUGGUAAGAGAAUUCGGAAUAAAGACCACAGCUGCUAUUUUUGUCAUAAGUUGCUUCGUAAUUUAGCCAGACAUUUUGAAAGAAUUCAUUCUAAUGAGACGGAAGUUGCCAGAAUAUUGAGUAUGCCGAAAAAUUCCAAGAAACGACGAGAAGCCUUUAAUGCUUUGACGCGUAAUGGCGAUUUUUAUCAUAAUUGUGAUGUACUCUUAUUAAAAAAAGGAGAACUGAUCUUAACUCGCAGACCAACCGAACACGAAAGAAAGUUCCUAAAAUAUUCUGAUUAUGGUCCUUGUCCCGAAUGUUUAGGUUUUAUGAUUAAAAGACACAUAUGGCACCAUCUUAAAUACUCAUGCAUCUGCUUGAAAGACAAAAACAUUUUAAAUUCUGAAAAAUCAAGACUACCAGCUAAUGAGAGUACCUCGUUGCUAAAUGGAAUUUAUGGGCACAACCUGACUGAAGAUUUUCGUUCUAAUGUUUUAAACAAAUUGCGAAAUGAUGAUAUAUCUGAAAAGUGUCGCCAAGACGAUCUUAUUUUACGAUUUGGAGCAUUUAUGUAUGAAAAGUAUAGCAGCACUCAAGCCGAGCUAAUUAGGCAAUCUAUGCGGCAACUUGGGAGGUUAACAGUAGAGCUUGCUAAGAAAAAUACCGAUGUACUCAAAUUAACCGACGCUCUUACCCCUGAUAGAUUUGAUGAUGUUGUCUUAGCGACAAAGUCGCUUUGUAUAACAUCCAAGGAAAUAGCGAAAAGGACUGAGUUUGGAAUUCCUUCUUUAGCGUUGAAAAUUGGGUAUUCAAUUAGAAAGUGCAUUGGAAUUGAAAGAGGUUUAUGUUUGCGAAAUGGCGACUUAAAGAGAAACGAAAUAUUGUUAAGUUUCUUGACAAUUUUGGAUUUGGAGUGGAGCGUGAGAAUUUCUUCCAAUGCAUUAGCCACUUUACAAUCUAGAAAAUUUAAUUCCGUUGACUUACUUCCAGUUACUGGGGAUUUAAUCAAAUUAAGCAAAUUUUUAGAAUUCAUGAUUCAAGAAACAAAGAAGAAUAUGGAAAGAGAAAAGAGUUUUCAAAAUUGGAGUAAACUAGCAUCACUAACUUUAAGCCGUAUAAUUCUUUUCAAUAAAAGACGUUCAGGAGAAGCUGCAAGGAUGAAAAUUGAACAUUACACGAAGAGAGCAUCAUGGAAAAGUCAAGGUGUAGCAGAAAUGAAAGAAUCAUUAACAGAAUUUGAAAUUAAAUUAGCAAAUGCUCUAACAGUAGUAGAAAUAAUAGGAAAGAGAGGAAGGAAAGUACCAGUCUUACUUACUAAAGAAAUGAAAGAAUCUGUCGACUUUCUACUGGCAACUCGCACAGCGGUGGAGGUGCCAGAGGGCAAUCCUUUUGUGUUUGCACGGCUAGGUGAUUUAAAUUCCCAUAUGAGAGGUCACGAUUGUAUUAAAAAAUGGUGUUGUGAAGCAAACUUGGAGUCGCCAGAAACAAUAACAAGCACAAAGUUACGAAAGUACGUAGCUACCGUUUGCCAAGUAUUUAACCUCAAAGAAAGCGAGUGUGAUUGGCUCGCGCGACAUCUGGGCCACGAUAUAAGAGUCCAUCGUGAAUUUUAUCGCCUCCAUGAAAAUACAGUUGAGCUAACCAAAGUUAGUAGGUUACUUCUUGCAGUAGAUCAAGGGAAAGCACAUGCAUUUGCUGGAAAAUCUUUGGAGGAUAUUGAAGUAAAAGAUUUACCACCCAUAGAAGAGGAUCCAUUUGAUAAUGACGACGAAGCUGAUGAUGGGGAAGAUGAAGAAAUUAUGAAGAAAGGGGAAGAAUUAUUUGACCCAUUCAUUGGAAAGGAGAAACAAAAAGAAAGUAAUAAACGUAAAAGGACAAAGAGAGAAGCGGCUUUGGGUAGAAUUCCGUGGAAUGAUUCAGAAAAGGAAGUAUUACUGAACAAAUUUAAAAUGGAGAUAAAAAAUGAAAUCGUACCGGGAAAGGAUAUGUGUACCAAAAUUAAAGAGGAGCAUGACAAUUUACUUAGCAAUAGAUCAUGGACCGAUAUUAAGUUUUUUGUUAAAAAUGUUAUAACUAGAAAUAAGAAAAAUAAAAAGUAGACAGUGAAAAUUGCAAUAUUUUUUACUACCUGGAUGAAGAGUGCCAACCAAUUAAUACGAAAUGAACAUAACCUAACCUAAUCGAACAAAAUAAAAUUUGAAUAGACGUUUUUCAGUGUUUCUGUUAGAUUAGGUUAGGCUAGGGUUUGGUUAUAUUUCAUUACU